UAAUCUCAUAUUUAACCAUGUCAGCUAUUUACUAAUUGGCCCGCUUGGCACGUAAAUAUAUGCAGCUGUUUUCUCAUGUAUCCCCAAAAACAUUUAAUGCCAUGGGUCAAGGCAUGUACCUUACACUCCCUUCAAAAUGACAAAUGUAUCCGCAACUGAUGUCUCCUGUAUCCUCCCUCCCCAAAAUAAUACAUGUAUUCUGUGUAACCUGUUAUCUAUAGGUCAGCAUAAUGACGUAAACAGGAUAAGAACUAAAGUUGUUUGUUGCUGAUUAUAAAAGGGGCUUAUGUCGCCCAUGUAAGGUAUGUUCUUCUUCUCUGGCACUAGUCGAGGAGAAACACCCGCUCAGCUGAACGAAAAUAAAGGUGUGGUAUCCGUCUUCUUGUCCUCCGUGCCUCCUUGGUGUAAUUAGAGCUAUUCCACUCCACAAUAUGCCUACACAACUGGAGAAUGCUAUGGACACCUUGAUCAAGAUUUUUCACCAUUAUUCAGGCAAAGAAGGGGACAAAUACAAACUGAAUAAAGGAGAACUCAAACAGCUCCUUACCAGCGAACUCACUGAUUUCCUUUCAUGCCAAAAGGAUCCCCAGCUAGUUGAUAAGAUCAUGAAAGAUAUGGAUAUCAAUAAAGACAAUGAAGUGGAUUUUAAUGAAUUUGUCAUUCUGGUUGCUGCUUUGACUGUAGCAUGCAAUGACUUCUUGGAGGAACAGCUAAAGCAAAAGGAAACUGGAAAUAAUAAGUAAAUGAACCACUGAGAAAGAAAUGUAACUAAAUCAUGCUUAGUUAGCACUCAUUGGCAUUUUGUGACUGCAAACUAAGUCAUGUUAAUGUUAUUAAAUUGUAAGGACCAGGUCGUCAGUUGGUGUAAAGCAGCAGGUCUCUGCUGACUUCAAUGGGCCCAUAUUGAUUUUCACCACCUGAGAAUCUGUCCCUAAGUAUCUUUCUAGAUUUAUUUUCUGCUUUUACAUCAUGCAUUUAUCACUUCCCUGAGGCAAGAGCUCCAGAAGAUAGUUCACUUGACUUGAGUUUCUGAGUUUUCACACUCCUACCUGUAAUCACCCCUUUUUCAUCUACCCUGCCCCACAUCUAGUGUGCUGCCCCCUCCACUGGCAUAUAUUCCUCUGGAAACUACAGUUUGCUGUCUGACUUUUAGAGCUGGUUCAAAUUUUUCAAACACAAAAUUUUCCUGAUGAAAAAUGGGUUAUUUAAAAAAAAAAAAAUUGGGGGUGGUGGGAAUUUCAUUUGACACAAUUUUUGAAUGGGAAAAUUUGAAAUGAAAUGUAAUGAAAACUUUCAUUGAGUUUUGAACUUGAAUAUUUAAUUUAAUAUUGAAGUGUCCUGUUGAAAACUCUUAAUUUUUUGGCAGGCAAAAAAGGAUGAUUUUUUGGACCAGUUCUGCUCAGUUUGGGCCACCUUCUUCUCUGUUUUCAUUUCUCAAGCCCUCCCUUCACUAGCACUGGUAGGCUGCAGUCAUGCCUUCCUCCCAUCCAUUUGGACAGAAUGCAUGGCUUCCUUCAGCUUCCCAACCUUGCCCAGCUUCAGUUCUAUUGUGUUCUGCUGCUCUGUUCAACCCCUUCUCUCAGCAUAAAAGAGUUCAGGCAGAGGAUAAAUUAUUUAAAUAAAUAAGUAGAGGACUUUGUCCGCUGAUUGCUUAUAGGAGAGGUGGAAGAAGUAAGUCUUCAGAAGAGAUGUAAAUAAGGCCAUGUGAUUCUGUUUUCUUUGUGCUGCAUCAUUAAAUGGGAGGAGUCUUUGGAGGCCUGCUGGAGGAGUUGUGGUGGAAGGAUCUUGCCAGGGAGUGCAGACGCUCUGUUUUUCCCCUCAUAGUGACUUUAUAUUUACUUUUUCUUCCU